AUGGACAGCAAGGAGAAACUGAGAUUAGUCACAGUUACUUGCUGCAUUAAAAAAUCUGAAGAAGUUACCUCCCUAUGGGACCAAAAUGAUGUAAAUGAGUUCUACAGAGGUGUGAUGCCUAAAUGGCUAGAUGAUGUUGCACAUACAGGAAUCGAGAAGCUACAAUACUAUGAGGUGAAGGAAUCGGAGUUGGAAGAGAAUGAGGAAUGGCUUAAAUAA